GUGCUAACAUAACAGCCUCUCAGAGCCACUAGCUGUAGAGUUUCUCCUCAGAGGAUGGAUCCUUACGUUUUUGGGGACUUUUCCUAGAGGUCUAUCAACUUCAGUUUAGUCCAUGACCUUUUAAGUAACCUACACACAACACAACACAACAAUAUAAUAAGCUUUAAUGCAUUAGUAUAGCAAUAUGGUCUGGCAUGCACUAACGUGCUAAAUGGAACAUUGCUUUUACAUAGGGUAAAUAAUUGAUCUAGUUGUGAAAGAAAUCUAAUGUUCCCUCUGUUUUAAGAACUCUGGAGAAAGUGUUCUAGGCUGCAAUGGCCCUGAAAGGUGGCUGGUACUAAGAGAGUUAUGUAAGAGUUUUAGGACUCAGGCUGCGGGUAAUUUUCCCUCAGAGAGUUCAUGCUCAGUCAGAGGGGUUAAAAAGGUUGUAGGAGCGGUGGUGCAUGGCAGAGAACAGGAGCAGGAGGACAGGGGAAAAGAGGAGGCCUCAGCUCCUGUUGGGUGGACAUGGAGCUCUCAGGGAGGUUCACUGUAGAGCGGCAGGACCAGCCGCUGCACCUGAUGUCCCCUUGGACUCUGGUGGACACUAUGAACUACGUGGGGCAGCUGGCGGGACAGGUGCUGGUGACGGUGAAGGAGCUGUAUAAGGGGAUCAAUCAGGCCACGCUGUCGGGCUGCAUCGACGUGGUGGUGGUGCGACAGCCUGAUGGGACGUUCCAGUGCUCCCCUUUCCACGUUCGCUUCGGAAAACUGGGGGUCUUGCGCUCCAGGGAGAAAGUAAUUGACAUAGAAAUCAAUGGGGAACCUGUGGAGCUGCACAUGAAGCUGGGAGACAACGGAGAGGCCUUUUUUGUCCGAGAGACAGAGCAGCAUAACGAGAUAGUUCCAGCUCACCUGGUGACCUCGCCCAUCCCCUCAGAAGAAGAUCUGUUGAGGAGCAGAGAGCCCAGAUGUGGUGGCGCACCGCUGGAGAACACUCAGCCUCCGAGUCCUGAAGACUCCACCUCUGGAAACCUCCAACCCUGCACCCACACAACUGGGAAGAAGAAGAGGAAACGCAGGAGGAAGCACAAAGCUGAGCCACGAAAGGAGGAGCAGAGCACGCCUGCAGGCGGAGAGCCGGAGCUGUGUGAGCUCAGCUCAGAUGAGGAGCACACAAACACACACAACGGAUGGCCAUCUUCCCUCUCUGUGAUGAAGGAGAACAUGGACCACAGGCAACCUUCCCCCCUCACCACCCUCGAAUGGGACAGCUACCCCUUCUCUGACGCCGACUGGUCCCCUUGCAAUACCAGGGAGAUGUUGGAGCCCGCAUCGCCAAAGAGUGACUCCGAGCUGAUGCUGAAGCCAGAAGAGAGCAUACUCAGGGCCGAGUCCCACAUGCAGUGGACAUGGGGAGAGUUCCCAGAAUCCACCAGGGUCAACAAAAAGGACAAAUCAGAGCCAAGGACACUGACCAUCACUCCCUCUGAGAACACACACUUCAGGGUUAUCUUGAGCACAGAAGCCAUGGAGGAAAGGGAAGGAGAGAGGACAACAGAACCCAUUUGCAGUAUUGUGAAGCCAGAGCCCCGCACCAUCAAACCUGAUCAGUGCAGCUGCACCUCCCAGCGCCCUGAAGCUUUGUCAGGCAACACAAACAUUACAACAGACCUUUCAGAUCUAAUGUCCAGCAGUUUUACAUCAGGGCCGUGUCCCCCCAAUUCUGACCUUAGCCCAAAGGCAGCAAACACAAUACGGUGGAAGUCUACGCCGCCGAGCCGCAGGGUUAGCGGCUCUGCUGCCAGCGGAGGCACCAUGGCUGCAGACUCAGCAGCUGUUUGUCCCGAUGCAAGAUCUAAACCCAGCGACUCCCCAGCCAAGAGGAGAGGUGUGAGCAAGAGGAGCCAGCACCAGGGCCCUGAAGAUAUUUACCUGGACGACCUGAUUGCACUUGAGCCUGAUGUUGUAGCCCGCUACUUCCCAAAAAGUGAGUCUGAGCAGGUUCCUAAGCACUGGGUGGAGAGGGGCCGGCGCUCCGGAUCCCAGUCCCCUCAGUCGGUGGGCAGCGCCGCGGCAGACAGCGGCACCGAGUGUCUGUCCGACUCUGCCACUGACCUGCCGGACAUCACGCUGUCGCUGUGUGGAGGUGCCGGAGAGGACUCUGAGAUCCCUAAAGAGAAAUUCAUGGAGCACAUCAUCACCUACAAUGAGUUUGCAGAGGAUCCAGCAAUAAUCGACAAUCCCAAUUUGGUGGUUAAAAUUGGAAACAGGUAUUACAACUGGACUCUGGCAGCCCCGUUGAUACUCAGCAUGCAGGCUUUUCAGAAGAGCUUGCCAAAGGCUACAGAGGAGGCCUGGGUGAAGGAGAAAAUGCCCAAAAAAUCUGGACGCUGGUGGUUCUGGAGGAAGAGCAGCGUGAAGUCAUCAUCAGAAACCAAGUUAGAGACACAAGAGUCCCUAACAGAAGAGAGCCCUGCCCCUACCCAGGCCCCAGAAACACAGCAGAAAGCGGCAGAGUGGUCCAGCGACGAUGAGACUAAAGAGCUGAGCGCUGUGACAACCGCUCCGAUUCCUACUGAGCAUGAGCAGAUAGAAGGCCCGACUCCGGCGCCUUGUCACUCCUACAAGAAGUCCCUCCGCCUGUCGUCUGACCAGAUAGCCAGCCUGAAGUUAAGGGACGGCCCUAAUGAUGUCACCUUCAGCAUCACCACUCAGUACCAGGGGACAUGCCGCUGCGAGGGCACCAUCUACCUGUGGAACUGGGACGACAAGGUCAUCAUCUCUGACAUCGACGGCACCAUCACCAAAUCAGACGUGUUUGGUCACAUUCUGCCUCAGCUCGGGAAAGACUGGACUCAUCAAGGCAUCGCUAAGCUCUACAACUCUGUGCACGAGAACGGCUACAAGUUCCUGUACUGUUCGGCCCGAGCGAUCGGCAUGGCUGACAUGACGCGGGGAUAUUUGCACUGGGUGAACGACAGAGGGACCCUCCUGCCUCAGGGGCCCCUCAUGCUCUCCCCCAGCAGCCUCUUCUCUGCCUUCCACAGAGAGGUUAUAGAGAAAAAGCCGGAAAAGUUCAAGAUCCAAUGCCUCACAGACAUCAAGAACCUGUUCCUCCCAAACACACAUCCCUUCUACGCAGCCUUUGGAAACAGAGAGAGCGAUGUGUUUGCCUACAAGCAAGUGGGCGUUCCCGUGUGUCGGAUAUUCACAGUGAAUCCCAAAGGAGAGCUAAUCCUCGAGCAAGCCAAAGGCAAUAAAACAUCAUACAGCCGGCUGAGCGAGCUGGUGGAGCACGUCUUCCCUUUACGCAGCUCCCAACACAGCGCCACCUUCAGCUGCCCCGAGUUCAGCUCCUUCUGCUUCUGGAGGCAGCCCGUCGCCGAGGUGUGUUUAGAGGAGCUGCUUUGACUCAAUCUGAUGUUAGGAAUGGCUCCCAGUAAUUCUGUGAGCUUCUGGAACAGCUUGAUAUGUCUUAGACACAUUCCACUUUAGUGACAGAGUUUGGGAUAUGAAUGUACUCCAUGUUUUACACAUUUUGGGACUUAUUCUUAGUGCAUGAGCUACACAUUAAGAGGUGUAUUUGAAGCUUUUUGGCGCAUACAAAAGCCAAAGCAUGUUUUAGCCAUUUGAACAGUUUUUCGUUAGUGUAGGAAGAUAUUACCCAAGCACUUAUUUGGCAGUGGAGGUGUUUAAACUGGCCACUGUUCAGUAUGAAACAAAUACUGAUUGUAUUUCUCUCUUUCCAUGACUUGAGGGCGAUCAUAAAACAUACAUAUUUAUAGCAGCUAUAUUUUCAUCCCUUUUAAGGCCUUACUCACUCUGUGGUGGUCUUAUAUCUCUGCUUCCUAACUUUGCACAAUAACGCUGUGAAGAAAACUGUGAAAAGACUUAGGUCAUACUUGCAUUACUUUAAUUUAAGAACAGGAACUCUUUAUGAGCUGUAGAUGCUGGUAUAUUGGUAUGACGUAUUUUUCCAAACCAAGAUUUAGUUAGAUAACUAUUCUUAUAACUCAUCUGCUGCCAGGCCUGUGUGAUGUUAAUGUUAUGCCUCUUUUUGUUUUUAUCCUUUUCACACUCAGUAACAGCUGCAAUUUGAAGUAUUCUUUCUAUGAAAGUGAAGACGUUUGUGUGAAGAGAACACACAGUAUAUAUCUGAUUUUGUGCAGACAUGUCACUUUUCAGGGUUCUCUCUCUGCUGAUGUGUUUCCUGUAGAUUGUCAUUACAUUAUGAUGUCACAAUGUAAGCACAAAGAAUGUCUUGAAGAAAAAACAGGCGGAAAGUUAUUUAAAGUAGUGUAUAUUUUAAACUCUGUAAUUAAUUAAAUGUUACAUCAAAUGGUU